AUGAAGGGAAAAGGUUCAAGAGUUGUGCAGCACAUAAUAGCCAAAUGCAGGGCAAUGAAAGCCAAGAUAAUGGUGACUGCCCUGACUGUGCUGUACAAGAAGGAAACCAUCUCUGCUAAAGUAAAACACGCUGUAGAUGGGAUACUUAAUCCGACGGAAGACGAGCGAGUGAUUAUCGAUGAUAAUGAUCAUUAUGAUCAUAAGCAUCAGGAUGAUAAUGAUGAGAUUAAAGCUGCCGCUAAUGAUGAUGAUGAUAAGUAUCCUGACCUGAGGCACACACUGUUUGAUGAGGAGAUUGCUCAUCUGUUAGAUGAAUCGGCAUCAUCAGCAAUAGAUAUUGUCAAGAAUACCAAACAGAAUUUCAAUCUUGAAGACGAGAUUGAUGAGGUGGCAGAUUUGUUCAUAACUAAAUUUCAUAGGCGGAUGCGGCUGCAGAAGCUUCUUUCUUUCAAGAGGCAUCAGCAGAUGCUGAUGGGGGGAAAUGCAUGA